AUCGCCUCCAAAUAGCCAGUGUGGUAAUGAAGUCCUACAUACAAGCAUGUUCGAAAGUAAGAUCGACCACUCCUUAACCACAGCGAUAACAUUGGUUCUUCACGUUAUUUGAUCCUAACACGCUGUCCCGAUACUGUGAAUGGUAAAUGCCAUUUUGUAAGAAGGUAUGUAAGUUACUCUGUAACAGUUACUUAGCGUUGACGAGUAUAAAAGAGUGUGAAAUUUUGGACUUUUUACAAGAAGCUUCGAGAGCACCGUCGUCAUAGCAACCCUCAGCGACACAACAACCUCGUGGACGCAAGUAGUCUUAAUCGGCCAAUCAGAGGACGGGAUCACGUCACAUGGUUGAAUGUCCCCGUGUCCGAAAUCAUCUAACCCCGCCUCUAUGGUACAGUACUGUAUUUACAAUUGAGCCCGCCGCACCUGUGGCGCACACGGACUAUUAUGGUGAUUUAAACCGUUUGUUUUAUCAUUUCCUUAUUUUCUUUUCGUUCACGGCAUUUUCAUCGAGAUGUUCAGAAGCGGCAAUUUUGGGGACUUUGAUGAGGACCCUUUCUUCUCAGAUCCAUUCCGAGCACACCGGGAUCACAUGCGCCAGAUGAUGCGGAGCUUCUCUGAGCCAUUUGGCGGACGCUUCAUGCCCAGCAUCAUGGACGGAACAAGCCGCGACCAUGAUGCAGCAGAGCCUCCGGCAUUGAGGGGCGAACACAGGAGUACCCGAAGAAAAGCCAGGCAAGCCCGAGGAGAACACGCAAACUCCACACAGGAAGGCUGCAGUCAAGCGAUUCCAACUACGAGCUUCAGAACUGACCUCAGUCGCUCACUGUUGCCCUUUGACAGCACGGACCCCCCGACGAACCCUUUUGGCAUGUUUGACAGCAUCAUGACCAACAUGAGGAGCAGGAUGGACGGGAUGUACAAAAACUUUGACAUGUCCACAGAUGCAAACACCCACUCGUUCAGCUCCUCGUCCGUCAUGACGUAUUCCAAGGUUGGAAACGACCCUCCAAAAGUCUUCCAGGCCUCGUCGUCGACACGCCGGGCCCCAGGAGGUGUGAAGGAGACAGUGAGAGCCUUGAAAGACUCUGAAAGUGGUCUGGAGAAGAUGGCCAUCGGUCACCACAUCCAAGACAGAGGACACGUCAUUGAGAAGAAAAUGAACAAGAAAACGGGAGAUAAGGAGCUCAUACAAGACUUCCAGAAUAUGGAUGAAUCUGAAGCACAGUCCUUUGACGAGGAGUGGCAGAAGGAGUUGUCCAAGUUUAGGCCGUCUGGCUCCCCGGCUCAGCUGGAGCCGCCCCGACGUCGCAGAGGUCAGCAGGCACCUCUAGCUGGUCCUGAGCGGACCCACAGAGAACAACCCAAGUCCAAACCUAAAAGUAUCCUCAAAGCUUCCAACUCGACAAAGCAGUAAAAUCAUCAACAUCCUCGCAAAUCUCAAUUGCUCACACUACACACAUACCGGUAAUGGUACCAUCCCCAUGACUAAAUCAGAUGGAGCUGACCCAUGAAUUGAAAUGUGACACAUUUUUGACGCUGUUUUACUGGUCACUGCUUCUCAAGGUUUGUUAGUGUUGCGCAGUUUAUGCGCAGCAACUUGGCGGUUAGGCGACUUCCUCUGCUCCCAUCUCACUACGUAUUUUCAAUAACAGUCACAUCUACCGUUUUGGUGGCAGUGGCACAAAGCAUUGAGGAAGUCAGGAAGUGAAGCGUUGCAACUAACAGGAUAACCGUGAAGAGUUAGCUGGAUUCUAAAUGAGUGGACCAAUUGGUGUCCUCCAAAGAGAUAGGUGAGAGAUGGACAGUAAGUGGCAGCUACGCAACGCCUGAAGAAAUAAGCGUGGAUGCUACCACAGGUGGUUUUAACAGGCAGACAACCAAGCUGUUAGUUUUUUUUUUUUUUCACUCUUAACCCAUGAGACACUAGCUGUUUACCUACAUGAUGGAUGCUGAAAAAGGAAUUCGACUUAAAACUGUCACCAUAGGGACGUAACAACUUCAGUUACUGACUUAGGAAUCACUAUUGCACUUAAAAUAGGUCAAAUGUAUCUUGCCGAGUACCUGAAAUGUCUUGUAUCUGCUGUAAUCUUUGUACAAAGGAACAUUUCUUUCCCUUUUUUUGUAUUGUUCAUUUUUCAUCCAAGCUCAAUAACGCCAUUUGCAACUGUUAUUGUAUAUUUUGAAUAUACAUUUAGCAUCAAAAAAUAAAAAUGUCUCCACCAAAA